UCUUUUAUUAAAAGUACACCAACCUAUGUUUUGUAGUUUUACUUCUGAUACAGCAUCUUCCUUUUGUGUGUGUAAAUUUCCGACAUUUGCAUCAAACUAUAAUCUUUCCAAGUACAUCAAUCAUAACAACUUUUUUUUAACUGAUGUCCAUUCCUUGUUUGACAUGGUUUUUGAGAAUACAAUACUUCUAGGGGUUUUCCUGUACGGUUGUUGAUAAGCGCAAGGCUAUGAUGACGUAGUGACAGUACAGCAUUCAUGCCUGACUGAUCUAGGCAGCCGCGCAGUACCAGCCAACCCCAACCGUUGUAUGCUGCCCGAGGUAGUGUUGAAGUUGGCAAGUUUCACCCUGGAUCCGGACUUUUAAUUCAUAUUACGACACAGGCAGACACAAGCAUCAAAAGGUUCUCUUGAUAAAGUACUGUCCCGGCAGCCUGCUGGCUCAUCUUCUACAAAUAUGUGGACCUUGGCUGUACUAAGUCUACUGCUAUUGGCAGGCCCAUGCCAAUCCCAGGUCAUCCAGACGCCAGAUGACGUUGAGGCCUACCUGAUCUUCUCGAGCCAGUAUAGAAUUUUCCGAUUCAAUAUUGAUGUGACAGAUUCAAGGGUUCUGCAACAGGACGCACGUUCCACUGUGGCACUCGACUUUGACUAUCAGGCAGGCCUUUUCUACUGGAGUGACCAGGACCACAGAAGAAUAUACAGGGCCUCCAUAGACAAUGGAGCUAACAAGGAAAUUGUUGUGUCCACUGGAGACGACUCUGAAGUUGAUGGAAUAGCAGUGGAUUGGAUUAACAAGAAACUGUUCUGGACAGACUAUGCCCAGGGAACCAUCAACCGCCUUGACCUAAAUGGAUUCACAAACAAGGCGGUUGUCAUAGCAGAUGGUAUAACCAACCCCAGAGGAAUUGUUCUUGAUCCCCUUAAUGACAUGAUGUACUUCACGGAUGUGGCCUUUGGGUCGCCCAGUAUCCAGAGAGCUCGUAUGAGUAAUGGGACGCAGCAACAAACCAUUGUGUCGACGAAUAUCCAAAGACCAAACGCAAUCACCAUGGAUUAUGAUGCAAAUCGUCUCUUCUUUGCGGAUGCUUGGACGGAUCGCAUAGAGUCUUGCAAUCUAGAUGGCACAGGUCGGACUGUUCUCCUGAACCAACACUUCUUGUUUCAUCCAUUUGAUCUUACCCUGUACGACGAUCGCAUAUAUUGGACAGAUCUUCUCCAACACCACAUCAUCAGUGCACACAAAGACCACGGGGGAGACCGGAUUCGAAUUUCAGGGCCAUUUGUCUUUCCAUAUGUGAUUCAUGCAGUUCACCCAUCCAGGCAACUGAGUGAAGAUCCUAACUACUGCGAGGCCAAUAAUGGCAUAGGAGCUUGUGAGAUGAACUGUACCGCCUAUUCCACUGGAUACGUAUGCAGUUGCAAUGAUGGAUAUGCACUGAAUGAUGACCAGCAUACUUGUAGUGAUAUUAAUGAGUGCUCCAUUGACAACGGUGGUUGUGAUCACACCUGCAACAACAUGGUGGGAUCGUUUGAAUGUCAGUGUAUCACAGGAUUUAGCCUACAGCCAGAUGGAGUCACUUGUGCAGACAACAACGAAUGCAAUGUAAACAUGGGUGGAUGCGAGUAUGCCUGCUUCAACACAGACUCAGGGUUCUACUGCUCAUGUCCUACUGGCUACGAGCUACGGACGGACCAAAGAACCUGUCAAGACAUCAAUGAGUGUCAGUUGGUGUCCCCAUGCCCAGCACAUGCCACUUGCGUUAAUCGGGAUGGGUCCUACCUCUGUAGGUGCCCGAGUGGAUUUGUCUAUGAUGCAGUAAGCAAGACCUGUGAAGAUGUGAAUGAAUGUUUGGCGGGACAUAGUGGGUGCACACAGCGAUGCGACAAUCAGCAAGGCUCAUUCCGUUGCAGUUGCCAUACUGGAUUUGUUCUCAGUGAUGAUGAUGUUUCAUGUUCAGACAUUAAUGAAUGCGAGGAAGGUCUAAACAAUUGCCAACAAAUUUGCGUCAAUAUCAAUGGGUCCUACGUUUGCCUGUGCAAUGACGGCUUCCGUUUAGUAGGUGACGGUCAUUCCUGCACAGCUGUCGAUUGCGGUCAACCUGCUGGCAUAGAUGGCUUUAAUAUUUCAUGCCCUGAUACAACCUAUGGCAGUACAUGCAGUCUGUCCUGUGUUCAAGGAAAUCCACUUGGCACCCCCACUAUCACAUGUCAAAUGAACGGCUUAUGGUCCAUCAGCUUAGCAGAAUGUAUCUCUACUGAUGACACGGAAGGUGUGAAUGACCCUCCACAUGCCAUCGUUCCAUCAUCAUUCCGUAUUCCCGAGGACACAGUGAGUGGGACUACUCUAGGCAUGCUACACACAGUGGAUUCUGAUAACCAUGAGUCCUAUACCUACACACUGACAUCGGACCCAUCGGCAAAGUUCUAUAUUGAUUCAUCAGGAGAUACAUUGAAAACUCAUGGUGGAUUUAACUAUGAGGCAGAUCCAGCUUACACUAUCCAGGUAGUCACUGUUGACACCGGUGACCCACCACUGUCGGGAACCUUUGACAUUACAAUUUCCAUCCUGGAUGUGAAUGAACCACCAUCGCAGCCCUCGCUUACAUCUAAUACAGUCAGUGAACAUGCUGCCAUUGGGGACAAUGUAGGCAUGGUCGUGGCAUCGGACCCAGACGAAGGUCAAAAUGUGACCUUUUCACUGGUGUCCAAUGGCCAAGGCAAAUUUGAUCUGCAGGAGGAUCAACUUCAAGUUGCUGGUACCUUGAACUUUGAGGAUACGGAGUCCUACUCCGUUGUGGUUCAAGUGCAAGACAACGGCAGCCCCAGUUUGUCAAAUGUUAUGAUGUUUACCAUCAUGGUUCAAGAUGAAAAUGACGCUCCAACAGCCAUUCAUUUAUCAUCGACAACGAUCGCAGAGGCUAGUCCUAACAGCACCACAGCUACUGGGACUGUCAUUGGUACACUGACGACAGAUGAUGAAGACGCUAGUGACAGCCACACAUACAACCUUAUCACACGUCCACUCAGCAGCUGUUUUUCAGUUUCAGAUUCUGAUCUGGUGGUUGCUGAAGCCUCCUGUUUUGAUCACGAGACAAACCCUACUAUCUCUCUAGCCAUCAGUUCUAGGGAUACAGGUGGUUUGACUGUCCAGCAGGUUGUUACCAUCAGUGUGACAGACGCCAAUGAUCCUCCAGAAAGGAUUACUCUGUCUUCGGCGACAAUCCAGGAGCAUGUUGCUGUCAAUACCGUCGUUGGAACACUGACCGUAGAGGACCCAGACGAAGGUGACACACAUCAGCUCAGUGUGACUACAGGCAGCUCAUUGUUUACUGUGCAAGGUAAGGCAUUGAUAGUGAUUGCUGAUCUGAGCUUCACUGACUACCCUACUGGCAUCGAUGUCACCAUACAAGCCGUUGAUACUGGGAAUUAUGCUUACUUGGAGACGUUCACCAUCAUCGUUCAAAAUGUGAAUGAACCACCAAAUGCUUUUAUGUGGCAAGUGACUGCAUUAUGCGAUCGAGAUGAUGAAUCUAUCUUCGGCCUUCCCAUCCAUGCUUGUGUGAACGAGAACACUGCAGCAAACACUAUCAUUGCCACUGCAAUGGUUACUGAUCCAGAUCAAGACACUCUGACCCUUGAGAUCAUUGACAGCGGUGACAUCUUAACUCUUGAUCAGAAUGGCAUCCUGAAAGUUGGCACCCGAGGCCUAAACUUUGAGUCUCCCCUGAUUGGUCAAGUUCACUCCGUUACCGUAGUAGCAGAAGAUCCCGAGGGAUUAACAUCAACGUUCCAGUUCAAUGUCAAGAUUAUUGACGUGAAUGAUCCACCAAUCAGAUUGGAGAUCUCAACGACCUACGUUGGGGCUGGCUCUGCCAUAGGACAGACUGUAGCACAGCUGCAAUGUAUUGAUGAAGACGCCACAGACACGUUUACAUAUAGAUUGGUCAAUAACGCAGAUGGAAAGUUUAUGAUCAAUGGAAACAAUUUAGAGGUCAGCCAAGAUCUAAGCUCCAUGGCUGGUAACCAGUUUGCCAUUGAAGUCCAGUGUUCAGAUGGGACUGCAGAACUUGCGAGACCGACAACGUUUGCCAUCAAUGUGUACAAUGACGGCACCAGUGGAGAGAACGGUGCAUCAAUCACCAUUUCCUUGAGUUCAUCCUAUAUCACCGAAGAACAACCGGCCGACACGCUCGUUGGUACGUUGAGUGCAGUCAUCACACCACCCAGUGACUUUAAUUUUACCAUUGUGGGUGGCGCUUCCCAGCUGUUCGUUAUCCAGCAAGGAUCAGCUGGUAACCCGCCGGAGCUUAGAACCACCCAACCAUUGGACUAUGAAGAGACGUCUACGCAUUACAUCAUCGUCCAAGCUGAGGCCGGUGAAAAUACUGCUGUCAAGACAUUUGAAAUAACGGUUAAUAAUGUAAACGAGGCACCAGGUAGCUUGAUGUUCCACUACAGCUCAGUCCAUGAGAAUCAGGAGGGCGCCCUCGUGGGGAUUGUUUCGGCCAUUGAUCCAGAGGGAGAUAGUAUCACCUUCCGGAUUAUAUUGGAUGCAGCCAACGCUUUUGAACUACAAGCAGGAGCUACAACUAAUUCCAACCGCGUUGUCACAAGUCGAGCUUUGGACUUUGAGACAGAGACCUCUCUGUCCCUCGUCAUUGCUGCCCGAGAUCCUGAUAAUCUUCAACUGGUAUCAGAGACACCAACGUUUACCAUCAAUGUCCUGAAUGUCAACGAAGCGCCUACUGAUAUUCUCCUGAGCCAAGCAGUAAUCGAUGAGAAUAGUGCCCGGGGGACAGUCAUUGGAGCACUGACAGUGAUGGACCCAGAUAGUGCGCACACAUUACAGCAAUUCAGCUGUGCAUUGCAGGACAGUGCUGGGGGCCUGUUUCGAUUAAAUGGAUUUGAUGUAGAGGUGUUUCAGAGCCAAGGACUUGAUUAUGAGACCUUCGCAGCUAGCAACACGAUGCCGACCAUCGUAGUGGAAUGUAGUGAUGUUGGAUCGCUGGGUAUAAGCAAACAGUUUGAGAUCACAGUGAGAGAUGUGGCAGAGCAGCCUACUGAUAUACAGUCAGCGACAGGGGUCUUUGAAAUUGAAGAGAACAACAAUGGAGGUGACUCCAUUGCCCUUCUCAACACCGUGGACCCUGACACUGAUGAUCAGACCAUAUUCCAGUAUACAGUGUCAGACACGGACACAUUUGCAAUCAUCGGCAGAAUGUUAAUCGCACACGUCCAGCUGAAUUAUGAGAGACGCCAUAGCUACGACAUAGAUAUCACCAGCACUGAUGCUGAUGGGCUGAGCUUCACUAAGAGUGUGACUGUGAUGGUUUUGGAUGAUAAUGAGCCACCCACUGGAAUCGUAAUGAGCUCAACAAGAACCCUCUCAGCUGGCUUGUCCUCUGGAACGGUAAUAGCCACUCUAGAUGCCGUUGAUGAAGACAUUGGACAGCAGCAUGAAUUCAGCAUCCAAACACAGACCCCUGGGGGCGCUCUUCAAAUCACCGGGGGUAACAAGCUUGCUGUUGAUACUGGGACGCUACAUGACCACUCAGUUGAGGUGACAAUCCGUGUGCAGGAUGUGGGUGUGUCUAUACCUCUUCUUCAUGUUCAGACGUUCACAAUACCAGUACAGGGUGUGAACCUGCCACCUACGGGCAUCCAGCUAACAGGGUCUUCGAUCUUAGAAGGUUCAGCCAUAGGCACCAUCGUAGGAACCAUCCAAGUCCAAGACCCUUCUAACUCAGACCAGAGGUUCUACUGCGUGUUGCUUGAUGAUGCAGGGGGACGAUUCGAUCUAGCCAGUGUUGGCAACGAGAUACAACUUCAAGUAGCCUUCUCUGAGGGAUUGGACUUCGAGACAGCCACAAAACAUUCAAUCAAUGUCAGCUGCCGCGAUUCACUCCCAGUGAACACCGUGGAGCAAACGUUUGUCAUUGAUGUCCUGGAUGGACCUGAGAGACCCACCGGCAUCGUGUUCACAAAUGCAGCUGCCGGUGACACCACUACCAACGUCAACCCACCCGACCUUGGCAACCUACAGGGUCAGGUCAUCACCUUGGCAACGGUAACUGUCAAUGAAGAUGCCCAGGAUGGAAAGGUUAUCGUAGCCUACGUCACGGUCGUUGCUGCUGAUGGAACCCCAACAUCAGGCCAAUCACCGCCUGUCUUGUCAUUGAUUUCAGAAAAUGAGUACAACCGAUUAAACAGACUUGGACGCAGAAAGAGAGAUGUUCACGGGCUCCAUGCUAGGUCCAAGCGAGCAACUAACCCUGACCCUAACACCGUCCCCUCCCAGUUUGUCAUUCCCAACACUGGCCAGUAUAUACUAGUAGCGGGCAUCCUUGAUCAUGAGGCACAGGAGGAAUACAUGCUGUAUGUUAAGGCUAGCGACAGUGUCAACCCUAGUCUGGUGGUGACUGCUCGCGUACGUGUGGUUGUCCUGGAUGUAGAUGAAGCCCCAUUAGACAUGAGCCUCAGCCCUAUCACAGUCAGUGAGGGAGUCUCAAUAGAUGCGGAAGUUGGUCAGUUAUCUGUUCACGAUCCUGAUGGUACACAAUCUGCAUAUGUGUAUACCAUGAUGUUACAUGGGACUCCGUUCUACAUCCAGCAAGAUAGGGUCCUAGUGCAGCGCCUCCUAGACUAUGAAACCACUCCACUUAUUACCAUCAGAGUCAAAGUAGCUGAACUCCGCACUAGCUUGGAGCUAGUCAAGAACUUUCAUAUUCAGCUCACCAAUGCACCUGAGCCUCCCACAUCCCUGACAGUUAAUGGGAACACCACAAUUACUAUCCCAGAGACCCUAAUGGUGGGUCAGUCACUUGGGUCCUUCGUUGUCCAAGAUCCGGACACAGCUGGUGGUUUUGCUUUCAGCUUCUUCAAUCAGGAAGACUCCCAUAACUUCUUCUCUAUCGAUGGAGACCGCUUGAUGUUAGCACAGCGGCUAGACGCCUGGACAACCAAUGUGCUGAGUCUCUUCGUCCAAGUCACUGAUCCCACCCAUCUUAGCUUCCGGCAAGUCAUCACCAUCAGAGUGACAUCUGAUGACCGGUGUAGCCGGCCUGGCUACUGCAGCCCCUACGCAACAUGCUUCCGUGGAUACUGCACAUGUAAAGCAGGAUUUACAGGUAAUGGCGAUACCUGUACUGACAUUGAUGAGUGCACACCCUACCCCUGCCAUACCUCCCAUUCUAUCACCGGUAUGUGUGUCAAUGGAUUUGGUGGCAUACGAAACUUCACCUGUCACUGUUUACCUGGCUGGAGUGGGCGGGACUGUACAGUGGAGGUGGACAGCUGCCAAGAGAAUCAAUGUAAUCCUCUAGGAACUGUCAAGUGUGUGAAUACAGCAAACACUGCUGAUUAUACCUGUAAGUGUAAACGUGGAUUUGAGGGCCCACUUUGUGAUGGCAACACAGACGAUUGUGCUGAACAUCAGUGUCAGAACGGUGCAACGUGCAUUGAUGGUAUAGGACUGUAUACAUGCAACUGUAGAGCACCUUUUGAAGGCUAUUUCUGUGACUUGGACCCCACUGUCUGUAAUGAUGUCAUCUGUGCCUACAAUGGUACCUGCGUUCCCGUGCCCAAUGGUGGUCACGAUUGCCGCUGCACUGAACCCUAUGAGCGUGACUGCUCUGGUUGUGCAUUUGGCUACGGUGGUAUAGACUGCAAACCAUGUGAUCCACCAUUCACAGGUCCGAAUUGUGAAAUAGACAGCAGUGUUUGUGAUCCCAACCCCUGCACUUAUGGAGGUGUCUGCAAAGCAGGUGUUGGCCAGUACUCUUGUGUGUGUCCUGAAAACCUUGCAACUAAGGAUUGCAAACCACUGAUCAAGAUAUUAGGACUAGGAAGUGAUGGUGGUUACAAUAAUGGGUCACCUACAGUGGGUGGUGGAUUCCCAGUUUGGAUCAUCAUUGUGAUAUCACUCCUGGUCCUCGUCAUCAUCGUUAUCGGCAUGGUCUGCCUGGGGUUGCGCCGAUAUCGCCGCCGAGUGCCCUACAAAGCAUCAGAUUCCUUCAUUCCAUGGAGAUCUAGGUAUCUCAGUGAUGCUGAACCAGUGAUUGUAUCAUCAGGUGGGGACCUCCGGUCACAGCAAGGCCCGUCAGGGGAUUAUCAGAAUUAUCCAUCUCAGGAUUACCCAGAGCGGGAUUAUCCACAGGAAGCAAUCCCACAGCAGGGUAACCCACAGCAGAAUUACCCACAGCUGGAUUACCCAGAACGGGAUUAUCCAGUCGAUGAAGAGCCCAAGACACAGCAGCAGAAAGCCUCAUCAGUGCCUUCCCCAGGCCAACAGACUGCAUCCGUAGCUAUCCCAGAAGCCUCUGCCGCUGCUACUUCUACUGCCAAAGCUGAGGACCAGGAGAAGGAACCAGAGGACAAUCCUCCACCUUACUCACCGCCUGACAACCUCUUCCUCGCAACUGCUCUGGGGCUUUUGCCUCCCGGUUACGAUGUCAAAGGUCAGCAGGUGGAUGUCAUGGAUGGAAAAGAGAAAAAAGAGAAAAUGGAGACAGAAGGUGAGAAGGCGGUCGCCGAGUUCAUGGGGACUCUAGCUAUGCCUAUCGGAGAUCGAGGCACCUUACAGGCUAAAGGAAGCAACCUGGAUGACUGGGAACAGGCUCAGUUGGGCUUGGUACAGGAGAAGACCCCUGAUGAGAAGCCAGGAGAUAAACGUGUUCGGAAGAAGUCAGCUGGGCGUCGGCCUUCUGUAAGCCGUAAGCUUUCUGUAGGGGCAGUGGCUUACCAAAACCCUGUCUUCAUACCAGACAACAAGAUUCUGAGCCAGCAGGCAGCCAAGGAGAUACAUCAGGAUAAUGGCGAACCCUCAGUCCCUGCCGUAGUAGACCCUGACCAAGCUGCAUCCAGCAACAACAGCAAGAGGAAGACCUCGUCUACAUCAGCAACACAGACCGGUAUCCAAGAUGACAUCGUCAAAGACCAGAAACGAAAUAACAGGCCAUCAAUCUCCAAAUCCCCUCAUGAUUUCACCAAGCAGAAUCCAGUUUUCCUGGAUUCUGACACCGAGGACCUCGAUGAUGACAUAUUUGAGUAGGCGAUAUAUCCAUGGCAAGGUCACAAGUAAUUCACAGGUCCAGUGAAAAGUAACAAAUAAUUCAAAAUAACAAAGGAAUGCUUUGUCACAAUUUAUUUGAUUAACUUUGGACUUUUGAUCGACUUGUGAUAGACUUGUGAGGACUCAACUACAUACUGAUAUUUUGUAGUACUGUUUCAUUGGAGUACUGGUGUUUGAUGUAUAAUAAGCCAGCUUCUGGUCUGAAAUACAAUUUACUGAAAUCACAUUUUUUUUAAAUUGGUUUCGUGAUUAAUUCAAGCAUUGUAGAAGGUACUGGAAUUUAAUGAAUAACUUGCCAAAUUGUAAUGCCUACGUUCAUACACAGAAAAUACCUAAUAAUAUAAUAUAUUACACAGAUAUCUUUCUGAGACUCUUGCUGUUAAAGUCUGGAAUAUUUCUACGCAGAAAGUUACAUUUUGUGUUUAACUUGUUUUUGUGUUUAUUACGCAGUAUAGUUUUACAUUUUUUCUUACUUAGGAAAUUAAUUAAAAUAACAAUACCUUUUAUUGAUUUUAUGUUGCUACAUACUUGUUGCCUAAUCAUUCUCAUAAUAUAGGAAAUUAUGCUAAAAAGACUACGGAACAAAGGUUUUGUUUUAUCGAAAGGGAUUUGGGGCAUUCAUGGGAAGAGUGUUGGAUACUUAAAUAAUUUGAUGUGGUAAAUUUCAGAAAUGAGGUUGUGGAUAUAAUGUUAAACAUUAUUGAUAUAACUUGCUAAUAGUGCAUUUAUAAUCACAGUUUUAAUGACAUGACUGAUUAUGGAUUAUGUGCCAAAAAAACCCACUAGUCCGUUCCUUUAGUGCAUUUUGAAUGAUAGUUAAUAAGGAGAUAUAUUCUCUGUGAGUGAUCCUAGAUCUGUGGCACUGUCCUGUGACUUUGUGAGUGUUCUACAUAACCCCUGAGGACUGACACACAAAGGGAGAACAACAGAUCCUUUCAGUCCUCGGGAGUUGGGUCUUUUGUUGGAAACACAAAGCAUUGUCCUCGAGAGUAUAGUAAAACACGACUGUGUGUCCUGACGGCUACAUGGUGCAAACAGGUUCAUAGCUUCUGACAAGUGCCAUUUGAAAAGAUAUAUAUAGCUAAAAUGGUUUAGCAGCGGAAUGGUUUUCUGGAUGGUUUGCAGGUUCAAAUCCCAGUUACUGAGUCAAAAACCGUGAUUACAAUUUGGCUAUCCUUCUCUUUCUGUUAUUAAAUAUUUCUAUUGUAAGUAUUAAAUCCUCAAUGAUAAAGGUAGGCAGGCUGGCAGAGCCAUAUCCUGAAAUAGUUACUAGCGUUAUGAAAUGUUUUAUUCAAGUAACUUUUCAAAUAUGUACCUGGAAUAUUUUGAAUAUUAACCAAUAUCAAUUUUUACACAGAGUGGUGAAUGAUGACUGUAUUAAUCCCACUAUAAUAGUGUAUAUAUGGAUUUUGUUAUUCUAUUUUGAUGUUAAUGUAUUUUAUUGACAUACAGUUUUCUUAAUUUUCAACAGUUGUGGAGGAAUAUCAUGAUAAAUGAGUCUGAAAGGUUUAAUUUUGCUGUGAAAUGAAUUUUCAGGCUUUCUUGUUGUAAACAGGAAUUCAAGAAAUUGACAGUGUGAUAUAUAGAAUGAGAAGUAUAUUUGUGAAAUAUUUUAUUCCAGAUCUUUUCAACAAUUUUUGGUCUUUAUUCAAGAUGUUAAUUUUGAUGUCUCAAAUAUAUUUUGGGUAUGUGUAAAUAUUCAUGUUUACCCAGGGUUUAUUAUCAAUAUUUUGAUUACUAUAUAUGUUCAUAUAUUGGGUUUUUUUUAAACGUUGUAUUUGCAUAUUUUUGCAUGGUUCUGAUGCUUUAUGGUCCCGGUAUAGGAAUGCAAUAGAAAGUUGACUGAUGCUUGUAAGAGAAUGGGGCUUUUUUGCUUUUAAUGGGAAUAAA